UUACAAUAUGCUUCGUUUGGUUCCAGUACUGAUCUCGUAGAGUGGCUUUUCUCACCAAAAUGGAGGAUUCUUCUUUCUGUAGGCCACAUUUUUACUGUUGCCAUUUGAAAGAUUGUGUUUUAACUAUCCGGUCAUGUGGUCCUAUUCUUGCAUAAUUUAACUUCCACUCUUUCCUCAAUAUAGUUAUUAAAUAACUCAAACCUUAAUGUGUCUGUGUGUGUACAAUACAACUUAGUUCAUGGUGUUAUCACCUUUAAUUGUCCUCUGUUUCCUCUGGUCUAGCUGGCCCUUGGAACCGGGGCAAGGCAAAUUCAUGUCUCUGCAGCCUUCAGCGCCAAGGCCAAGGUGGCCAUGAGCCGCUUUGAGCCUGGCUCCAGCAUUAACUAUGAGAAGAUGCACAAGAACAUCAACAUUGUACGCAGGAGGCUCAGCAGGCCUCUCACUCUGUCGGAGAAGAUUGUGUACGGUCACCUGGAUGACCCAGCUGGGCAGGAGAUCGACCGCGGCCGCACCUAUCUGCGCCUGCGUCCGGACCGUGUGGCCAUGCAGGAUGCUACAGCUCAAAUGGCAAUGCUUCAGUUCAUCAGCAGUGGUCUGCCCACGGUGGCGGUUCCCUCCACCAUCCACUGUGAUCAUCUGAUUGAGGCUCAGAUUGGAGGAGUCCAGGACCUGCAGAGGGCUAAGGACAUAAAUGAGGAAGUGUACAACUUCCUUGCAACUGCUGCUGCUAAAUAUGGAGUUGGCUUCUGGAAACCCGGAUCAGGGAUCAUUCAUCAGAUCAUCCUGGAGAAUUAUGCCUAUCCUGGGGUGUUGCUGAUUGGUACAGACUCCCACACUCCCAAUGGUGGUGGCCUGGGCUCCGUCUGUAUUGGAGUGGGCGGAGCUGACGCCGUGGAUGUCAUGGCUGGAAUCCCUUGGGAGCUCAAGUGUCCUAAAGUGAUUGGAGUGAAGCUGACAGGAAGCUUGUCUGGUUGGACCUCUCCAAAGGAUGUCAUCCUGAAGGUGGCUGGCAUCCUGACUGUGAAGGGCGGCACUGGAGCCAUUGUGGAGUAUCAUGGGCCUGGAGUUGACUCCAUCUCCUGCACUGGAAUGGCCACUAUCUGCAACAUGGGUGCUGAGAUUGGAGCCACCACGUCCAUUUUCCCCUACAACCACCGCAUGAAGACGUACAUGGAGAAAACUGGCCGUGGAGAGAUUGCCACUGUGGCUGAUCAGUUCAAAGAUGACUUGGUCCCAGAUAAAGGCUGUGAAUACGACCAGGUCAUUGAGAUUAACCUGAGUGAGUUGAAGCCCCACAUCAACGGGCCGUUCACCCCUGACCUGGCCCACCCUGUGUCUGAUAUCGGGGCUAUAGCUAAGAAGAGCGGCUGGCCCCUUGAGGUUAAAGUUGGUCUGAUCGGCAGCUGCACUAACUCGAGCUACGAGGACAUGGGCAGAGCGGCCUCUCUGGCCAAGCAGGCUCUGGAUAAAGGUCUGAAGUGCAAGGCCCAGUUCACAGUCACCCCAGGAUCUGAACAGAUACGCGCCACGAUCGAACGGGAUGGAUAUGCCAAGAUCUUGAGUGAUGUUGGUGGGAUUGUACUGGCCAAUGCUUGUGGACCCUGCAUCGGACAGUGGGAUAGGAAGGAUGUGAAAAAAGGAGAGAAGAAUACUAUUGUCACAUCCUUCAACAGAAACUUCACUGCCAGGAAUGAUGCUAACCCAGCUACUCAUGCUUUUGUCACCUCUCCUGAGAUUGUCACCGCCUUGGCCAUCGCCGGGACCCUCGACUUCAACCCAGAGACAGACUAUCUGACCACUCCUAGCGGAGAGAAGUUCAAGCUGGAGCCCCCCACCGGUGACGAGCUGCCCUCCAGAGACUUCGACCCGGGCCAGGACACCUACCAGCACCCCCCAGCCGAGGGCGGCUCAGUCCAGGUGAACGUGAGCCCCUCAAGCAACCGUCUGCAACUGCUGGAGCCCUUCGACAAGUGGCAUGGAAAAGACCUGGAGAACAUGAGGGUCCUGAUUAAGGUGAAAGGAAAGUGCACCACUGACCACAUCAGUGCUGCCGGUCCCUGGCUGAAAUUCCGCGGCCACCUGGACAACAUCUCCAACAAUCUGCUGAUCGGUGCAGUCAACAUUGAGAAUGACGCCGUCAACAAGAUCAAGAACCAGCUGACAGGAGAGUACGGAGGUGUGCCAGACGUGGCUCGCUACUACAAAGCCAAUGGAGAGAGCUGGGUGGUGGUUGGAGAUGAGAACUACGGAGAAGGGUCCAGCAGAGAGCACGCUGCCCUGGAGCCACGACACCUUGGAGGCCGCGCCAUCAUCGUCAAGAGCUUUGCCAGAAUCCAUGAGACUAACUUGAAGAAGCAGGGCCUGCUGCCUCUGACGUUUGCUGACCCCAAAGACUACGACAAAAUUCGCCCUGAUGACAAGAUUUCGAUCACCGGGCUGAAGUCCUUUGCUCCCGGCAAGCCCCUGACAGCUGUGAUCAAGCACAGCGAUGGCAGCCAGGAUUCCAUUUCUCUCAACCACACCUUCAAUGAGACGCAGAUCGAGUGGUUCCAGGCUGGCUCUGCCCUCAACAGGAUGAAGGAGCUCCAGUAAUUAGUGGGAGAGACGGGAGGCAGGGCCUGUAGGGGCCACUGAGGGGCCUUGGCACGGGUUAAGAAGGGGAGUAGUGUGGGCCUAGAGAGGGGCUUUGCAAAGAGGAAGAGACAAUGUGAACGGUAGAUGGUGACCAGACUUUUUGGUGUCCAUGUUGGUUUAGGCACAACUGUCUUUAUGCUCGCUGAAAGAAAGAACUCACACACACACACAAGGUCGCUGUACAGACGAAAAGCGCACACACACAUACACACACAAGCACGCACAUGCACAGACAGGAUUACUGUGAAAGCAUUCCCGCAGCAGCAUCACUCGCACUGGCAGCACUCCUCAGUUUAACAUCCGAUUUGUCGAGCUUAUUUGUUCACUGAGUGUAACCCUGUAGCUAGAUAUGUUCCUAAUUUUGUGACAGAUUGGUAUCACUAUUUUAUUUUUCUAAUGUGGAUGUUGUUUGGAUUGUUUCGAGCUUCCCCUUAGAGAAACAGACUUGUUGGAAGCAUUCAAAUAAAGGAUUAUUCAUUAUCAAUCUCAUAUUUAAUGAUUGUACCUAGCAGUAUAAAAACCUGAUUCAGACCCUGAAUUAAUAGUUAGAUACAGAAUAUCAUUAAAAGUAAAAUUGGUGAAGCAGUGACAAUUUAACAGCGUCAUGCUUUAAUAUCUUUAACUGAAUUAUACAUCUUCUUUAAUGUUUAUCUCAGUAGUUUCCAUCCAAACAGCUCAAUAAGCUGAAUGAGUUGUUCAACUCAUGAAUGUAUUUUUCCUUCAUUAUGUCCAGACUUGUCGACUGAAGAACAUCUUUUCCACAUGUUCUCAAUAAUUAUGAUGCACCAAAUGGUGAUGAACUCUAGUCUUCCUUCAGUUUCCUCCUGCAGUGGGCUGAUGGGUUUGCUGCUCUCUGACUCCAUUAUUGACUUGAACAAAUGUUUCCUCACUCAUUGUAGACUGUAAACAAUCUACCACGCUCACCUAUUUACUGUAGGCAGCAUCACUAACAUCCCAUCAGCCCGUGUGCUGUCAGAGCACAACUGCAGCUCACACGUACCCCACUCAGUCUGACAUCUUUCAUGCUGUUGUUGUUGCACUUUUCAUUUUGAGCAUUACACAGACUGUGGUUCACUCCGCUACAUUUCAGCCUACAUGUGAGUCUGUGUUCACUCCAUGCUGUUCUUCCAAUGCUUGCUUGCUCAUACUCUUGUCUUUUUGCAUGACAUAACACCCGUUGUGUGAAAACUUUCCUGUGUGAUUGUCUGUGACAACAAACCACAACACAUACUGCUAUUGUGUUGGUGCUAGGCUUUUCAUUUUUUCUUUCCGUCUGUGUUUUGUCCUGUGUGUGUGUGUUUGUGUGUGUGUGUGUGAUGCGUGAUUGUUUUUAUCAGGUUAACACUGGGCUGUGUUGACAUUUGUCUGUCCUUCUUUGCUCAUCCUGUCUCUUUUUGCUCUCACCAGGCUGGAUCAUGCAGUCCAAACCACAACCUGAUAUGUUUGCGGAAAAUAGGCUGUAAUCAGAGUUUGUGUUGCUAGACACUGAAGAUACGCUGGGCAAGAUUUUUAAUGUAAAUUCUCUUGUAGCGUAUAGAUACAGGAAAUCUUCUGCGCCCAUAGGAAAUUGCAGCGUAACAGUGUAAUGAAACU